AUGCCACACCGCAAAAGAGACAGCGCAUCAAAGCAAAACCAGGACUCUGUAGACGAUGCGGAAUGGCGCAGAACACCUGCCUACCUGCCUCCGAGCCCAUCCCGAUCUCCCUACAUGGCUCCGCAGUCGCAAACUCCAGUGCCGCAACAUCGCAUCCCGCCCUCAUUCCUUGCCCGUCUCGGCAUUACAAGCAAGAGAAAGCAUUAUUUGCAGCGCAGGGACCCUACACUUGACUACCGCGACCGCUGGCCGACCGUUACUACUCUGGUAGAACCAGGUUCCAGCUCGCGCUUAUUUGACCUGCCCGACGAAGUAGCGGAGCGAGCACAUCGCCCGGUCAAAGCCAGGGCACUCGAGGCUGUAAAUGCGCCGCUGGAAUGGUUGAACGACCGAUUGGGAAUGGUCCAAGAACGACUCGAGCACAGGAUCGAGCUGGCUGAGGCAAGAGCACAGAAGCGGCCCAGCUUGUCUUCGAGCAGCGGCAAGCCAGGGCAGAGCACCCACCCGUACGACACUGGUGUAGAUGUUGAUGAUGACGACGAGAACGAGGAUGAAUUGCAUCAAGGUGGCAGCAUAGCCGUUACGUCGGGUUCUGAGCCCAGCCCACCAUAUCGGACUGCCUCGCAAACCACUCAUCGUCGUGGGUCAAGUGAGACAACGCAGAAAAGGCGAAAGAAACAUGGGCCCAAACAUCAAAAUCAGGGAUUCAAAUCGGGACAUUCCAAUGCCACGCCAAUCGGUCUAAGCCCAAACCAACACCAGCCUACGCCGCAAUCGCAUUAUCAAUUCCGCACUCAGUUUAACGGCAAGGCCAUUGUCUCUGUUCAGUCAGCAGCCCCCAGGAAGAAAUGGUUCUGGCCUUUCCCAGCGCCAGCCCGAAACUCUCUGCAUUAUGAACGGCCCGAUAUCAAUGUCCAGCAGCCCUCGAGCGAUUGCGAAGAUUCGUUUGAGCCACGCCGCAAGUGGGAGUCGGUCAAGGGUCGCCGAGGAAGCACGUAUCCCCAACGAACGAAUUCCACGCUGAAAACAAAUGGGACUGACAACAGCACCACAGCCUUCCAAGGACAGCAAAAACAACAUGGGCAUCUCGCCGUCCCUUCUGGCAGCCUACGCGCCACACCCAAGGCUUCACCCAAGCCAACCGGCAAAUUGACACCAAAAGACUCUCCAAGAACGUCCGAAAAAGAAACUACCAAACGCAGAGAAAGCGUGACGGUAACACCGCAGCCAUCAGCCGUUCGCACGCAGGGUUCACAACCGUCGAGCGUACAACAACUACUGCCUGCUCCCUCAUUAAUACCAGUCACCACUGCAGGGCAAGUACGCCGUCGCUUGUCGAGCAACAACGGGAACGGUACUGGCACCGGGACCGGGUCUUCAAAUCCAGGUACACCAGUAGCAGAUAGCACGCCACGCUCAGGAGCAAUUCGGCAUCUUCUCAGUUUCGUCAGGGGAUCUCCUCCUAGCAGGGCAGUUAGCCCGCUCGACAUCAACGACAACUCUAACAGUAUACCUACAACGCCACGGCUUCCCAGUCCUGCGAUGCCAAGUCUCAUCAAGGAGGCGGCGCAGUCGAGCCGAGGGAGCCACCGGUUUGGCAGAAGGUCCAGGACACAGAGCAAUGAUGUCGAGACUGGGCCCAGUAGCCAAUCACCGAGGGUCUCCGGGGUAGCGAGACGUGGUAGUGACAAGGGCAGUCAGAGGGACAGCGAAAUUGGUGGGUUCCAAGAAAUUGACGGCAAUAUGAAUGUAAAGAGAGUCGCGACAAGUCGACCUGGGAGUGAUAAGACAGGAUAA